AUGGGUAAGAAGGCAAUAGAAGCUGCUCGAGUUUUUGUGGAAGAGACUGGAAUCAGUGACUCGCUCUCAGCUGAAGAGUUUCUUGUAGAGAGAGAAGAUAUGCUGCAAAGUUUAUUCCCCUCGUGCCAACUCAUGCCAGGGGCCAGCCGUUUAAUUAAUUCAGCACCUCCAUGCAAAUGGAUUCUCGGGGAUGAUCCAGAAGUCAAACAAGGGAAACCUUCACCCGAUGUCUUCAUUGCAGCUGCCAAAAGAUUUGAGGGUGGACCAGUUGAUCCACAAAAGAUACUGGUUUUUGAAGAUGCGCCAUCUGGCGUAUUGGCAGCUAAGAAUGUCGGCAUGUCAGUGGUAAUGGUUGGAGAUCCGAGGUUGGACAAUUCAUACCAUCAAACUGCAGGUAAAGUUAUAAGCUCUCUCUUGGACUUCAACCCUAGCGAGUGGGGCCUACCCCGAUUGCCCGGUAUCGUCGAUAACAAGUUCACGAACCACAGACCGCACGCCGCAAAACCCAUUCCGUACCCGUUAUACCGCACGACCAAAACCGACCUAAAAACGACUACAAAAAUCAGGCGAGGAUGGAGUACAAUUUCUCAAGAAUAUAAUUCCAAAAGAAUCUUGUUAGAAGUCCUUCACUGUAUAGGGUGUACAGGGAGUGAGGACAGCGAAUAUGAAGAAUUAGGAAAAGAACUGUAUCAGAGCUUAUUUGGCCGGCGAUAUUUGAUUGUGAUGGAUGACAUUUGGGGUACGGAUGCGUGGGAAGAGGUGAAGCGCUUCUUUCCAAAUAACAACAACGAAGGGAGCAGAGUACUAAUAACAACUAGGUCAUCGAAAGUGGCUUGGGAACUGGAUGGCCAAGACUACUUUCAAAUGCCUUUUCUGAACCUUGACGAAAGUUGGAAUCUUCUGCAAAGGUGCGUGUUUGGGGAAGAACAACAAGGGUGCUCUCCUCCUCCUCCGGAACUGGAAGAGAUUGGGAAGAACAUUGCUAGUAACUGCAGAGGCCUUCCAUUGUCAAUUGUUGUGAUUGGAGGACUCCUAGCAAAGUCUGGGGAAAACUGGCAACACGUUUUAGAAAAUUUAAGCUCGACUGUGAAUUUGGAGGAGGACGAGCGUUGCUUUAGAAUACUAAGGUUGAGCUACGAUCAACUGCCAGUCCACCUAAAGCCGUGUUUUCUCUACAUGGGCAUGUUCCGGGAGGACGAGUCGAUUAACGUCCCCAGGCUCAUGAGUCUAUGGGUUGAUGAAGGAUUCGUGAAACCGGUUGCUGGUAAAAGCUUGGAAACAAUUGCGAGAUUAGUGUACUUUAACGAUCUUGUCCUCAGAAACCUAAUCAUUGUUCGUGUGAGGGGCAACAAACGUUUGAACCGAGAGAAUCACAUUAGAGCUACAGAUGAAGAUAUCAAGCUUUUCUAUUACUUCGUGGAGUCGGAAAGCAAACCCGAAGAAGCCCCUUUAAUGCUGUGGCUCACAGGUUGUUCAGGCCUUUUGGGUUUCGUUUAUCAGAUUGGUCCCUUCACCAUCGGCAUUUCCAAUUCGAACGAGAGCAUUCCACCAUUGACGCUGAACGAUUUCUAUUGGACAAAGGUGGCCGAUAUUAUAUUUGUGGACCAACCUGCAGGUAGUGAAUUUUCUUACGCGAAAAACUCGGCAGCUUAUUACUCAAACGACACAUUGUCGGCAAAACUUAUUUACAUUUUCCUUCGAAAGAGCUUAUUUGGCCGACGAUAUCUGAUUGUGAUGGAUGACAUUUGGGGUACGGACGCUUGGGACGAGAUGAAGCGUUUCUUUCCAAAUAACAACGACGGAAGCAGAGUACUAAUAACCACUAGGCCAUCGAAAGUGGCUUUGCAACUGGAUGGCCCAGACUACUUUCAAAUGCCUUUUCUGAAUCUGGACGAAAGUUGGAAUCUUCUGCAAAGGUGCGUGUUUGGGGAAGAACAACAUCCGGAACUGGAAGAGAUUGGGAAGAACAUUGCUAGGAACUGCAGAGGCCUUCCAUUGUCGAUUGUCGUCAUCGGAGGACUCCUAGCAAAGUCUGAACAAACACAGGAAAACUGGCAACACGUUUUAGAAAAUUUAAGCUCGACUGUGAAUUUGGAGGAGGACGAGCGUUGCUUAAGAAUACUAAAGUUGAGCUACAAUCAACUGCCAGUCCACCUGAAGCCGUGUUUUCUCUACAUGGGCAUAUUCCGGGAGGACGAGCCGAUUCAAGUAUCCACACUCAUCAGGCUAUGGGUUGAUGAAGGAUUUGUGAAACCGGCGGUUGCUGGUAAAAGCUUGGAAACAAUUGCGAGAUUAGUGUACUUUGACGAUCUUGUCCUCAGAAACCUAAUCAUGGUUCGUGUCAGGGGCAGUAAUGGAAGGAUAAAA